AAACCAAAAUUUUAGACUAAUAGGACAACCCAACAAAAACGAUUUCGAAAAUUAUUUGCUCCGUAAGUGUUCAAUCUGUGUGGAAAAAGAAAUACAUACACACCAAAACAAGUGAAAUUUGUUAUUGUCAAAAUGUGUUUAUUCUUGCCUUGAACUUAAUUUAUUUACAUGAAAUAAACCGUAUUAGUCAAAAUUUCCUUUAAAAUGCGUUCCAUUCGAACGGCAAGUAAAGAGGCUGAUCGGCGUAAAGACCAACCGACCACCAGUCGUCGCUUUUCGCCCGAAUGCCCUGUUGAAGUGCAAAAGAACGUUAAGAAACAACCGAAAUUUCUACCCAUGGGGAAGGGCGUGCCGUUAGCACCGCUACAUUGCCGCUUGGCACACAAAUUGCGACUCGCCAUCUACGAGGGUGACUCGGCAAAUCCGCGACAAAAUCGAUUUUUGAAGGCAGCAGUUCGCCGAGUGACCGAACAGGGCCUCUCCAUGCAUGAAGCGGAGCAAAUCAUCAAUACUUACGCCGAUACGCGCACCACAUUACACCGCCAGCUGCUGCAAAUAAGCUGCAACCGUAGGAUAUUUCUCAUCUGCACAUUACGCUCGGUGCUUACAGCCGAACUGAAGUCACGUCUAUUGCCGUUGAUGCGGAGUUAUAAUGCGAGCUUCGUGCAUGUCAUGCACAACUUUUUCAGCAGCGCCACCAUCGAGGCGAUCAUCUCGCUGCAGACCUCUUUGGAUUUCAGCGAUCUCGAGGGUUCGAUAACGCGUGACGCGAUCGCUUGCAAAGCGCAAGGCAUCGAAAUGGUUGACUACGAGACGGGCGCUGUCAACUUUAAGUGCGACCCGAGCGAAUUGGAAACUGUGCUGAAGGCAGUCACUGCCAAGGGCUAUACGGUGCUGCACACCGAAUACACUUUCAAGGCGAAGAGGUGCAUAAAACUUGACGAACGCGAACGUGAGGAGUUCAAAAGGUUUCGCACAAAGCUUUCCAAGGCGCACGAUUUCGAUAAGUUCUUCGAUAAUGUAGCGCCGCAGGAUAUCGUGGUUGAGAAUGGGCCGGAUGUCAUAAGCGCUGACGCGAUAGUUAAGGCGUUGUAGUGUGGAUUUUUUGGGAACAAGCCACGUUUUACUUGCUGUUCUGUUGACUAAAUUUUCGCGAGUAUGUAGACUUUCUCAGUUUCUCUUUCUCUCCAAAUUAUGGCGUUAGAAAAAUGUUGACAAUUUUUUUUAUCAUAAACACGUUACAAAUUUUAUGUGUGCAAAAAUCUAAGAAAAUUUUGAGUUUCCACUAAAAAUACAUCGAAAAAUAUUAUUAAAUUUAAUCAAAAUAAUAAAUGUUUAAAAGCUAUUGCACAACCGUUUUUUUCAUAAAUGAGGUUUCAUUUUAUAACCUCCAAUUAACUCGUUAUUUAAGUUCUUGCUCUGUCGCAAGAUCCUUUUGGCCCGAGGUCGAUGGCAAGAGAUUUAGUGAGGCCAUUGUCCUCCCUAGUUGUCGGGUUUUAAGAGGUCAUUGUUCAAUCGGUGUCUAAGUUGAUCCGAGUUAUCAAACCUAAUUUCAUUUAACCCCUCAUUAUGAAUAUUAGAUGAACCAUGAUAAUUAAAAAUGAGAUUUUGUAUUAUCUAAUCUUCAAUUCAGUAUCUACAGACUCAUUAUCUUAUAAAUACAAUGUUGACAGUGAAAACCG